AUGAACUAUUUGGUCAUACCAUCUGAGGUGAAUGAAGAGCCAGCAAAUGAAGAUAUGAAUGAAUCAGUGGAAGCUGACUUGGAGCACUCACAGGUAGAAGAGGAACGACAGUCUGUGAUCUGCUAUUCAAGGCACAGAAACAGCAACCAAGGGGUACUGUCUGGGCAGGAAGAGGAAGGGAUGCUAGCUCGAUCAGCCAGCACUGAGAGUGAUUUCCACAAUCACAUGGACAUGGUGGAAGGGGAUGUUAUAGCCACAGCAGAGGAUGGCUAUGAUGUAGAUAUAGUACAGGAGAAUGAGGAUGAGAGUACAUAUGCAGUGCAGUACAGGCCUGAGUCUGAGGAGUACACAGAAAAUGCUGAAGCAGAGCACACUGAGGCUGUUCAUAAUCGAACACUGCCUGAUCAUGUACGUUUCCGCUCCAUUGAACAUGAGGAAGCCAUGAAUGCAGCAUACUCAGGUUAUGUCUAUGCUCACCAGCCCCUCCACCAAGGAGAGGAUGAGCGGUAUGCUGAGCCCUAUGCUGACUAUAGGCAGCAGGAGCAUGUGUAUGAGGAGAUAGGGGAUGUGCUGGACCUUGAUGUUAGGGAGGGACUUCGGCUCUAUGAGUGGGAAAGGGAGGAAGCUGACAACUAUCGCAAGGAAGCUCUUGGUGCCCGCCUUCACCAUUAUGAUGAACGAUCUGAUGGAGAGUCGGACAGCCCUGAGAAAGAGGCAGAGUUUGCUCCAUGUCCAAGAAUGGACAGCUAUGAACAAGAGGAAGAUAUUGAUCAAAUUGUGGCAGAGGUGAAAAAGAGUAUGAGCUCUCAGAGCUUGGGCAAGGCUGCUGAAGACAUGCUAAAGGCAGAGCAGAGCUUGGAGCAUGCUCAUGCUCUCCCUGGCAGGGGGCACAAAAGCAAUGGUCAACUGUCAGCUGGCUCUAGGGCCACAGCCAACUCAGGAGAGUCGGUACAGAGGUGCAGAAAGGAAAAAAGGGAUGCAAUAUCACUGGCUAUCAAAGAUAUUAAAGAAGCUAUUGAGGAAGUGAAGACAAGGACUGUUCGUUCUCCUUAUACCCCUGAUGAACCAAAAGAACCUAUUUGGGUGAUGAGGCAGGACAUUAGCCCAACCAGGGACUGUGAUGAUCAGAGGCCACUAGAUGGAGAUUCUCUGUCUCCUGAUUCCUCUUCACCCUGGGGUGCUGAACCAAGUAGGCAACAUCAUCAGGAUGUCUGCAGUACAGCAGAGACCUCCACUAAUAAAGAGUCCAGAAAAAGCUUGGCUUCAUUCCCAACAUAUGUUGAAG